GUCAAAUAAGUGAUAGAAUGAUUAAAGAAGAAUACAAAUGCCUAUAACCCCAUCUUUGGCAUUAUUGAGCUAAAUAAUGGGAGUAGGAUUUUCCUUCUAUAAUAUCCAUCAAGUAAAUUAUUGGGAUGAUCAUACACAUAAUGGAGAUCAAUAAUACGAUGUAGAGAGUUGACUUGUUCUAAAUAAAUUAGAAUGAGUACAAAGAGACAUCUUAUGACAAAGAGAUCAAAAGUGAGACCCACCCAUGUCUAAAAACAUCUCAUGGAGACCAUACCAAUUCAUUUCACUCCACACAACUUAUCCACCCUUAUUGAAGGGUCUUGGACACUCCCUUAAGCCCCUCAUUCGAACUCCCAAGGAUAAGGGAGAAGGAGAGAGCCACACAACCAAGAAAGCAAGAGAAAGGGGAAGCUGCCGCAGGUUCGUUUUCCAGUGCGUAAGGUUACUUGUUUGCUUCAUAUCUCGAGUUAUACACAUCCAAAUAAGGCGUGCGAGAUACCCACAGAAAGCUCUCAAGACGAGGAAUCCGUGAAGGUCUGGUUUGCAUCAAUCGGAGUAGUGGAAGGCUUCCAAAUCGUCCGAGAAAAACACAACCUCGCGGAAUACGUUUUUGUAUUCAAGGUUAGGGAACGAUUUCGUCGGGAACACCCGUUCUAGGGACUGUUUUUGUGUCCUCGGUUAGGAGUUGAACUAGCACUUUGGAGAGGCUGUUUAACACUCAAUUCCAAGCAAGGAAUCAGUUCUCAAUCUUCCUUGGCCAAAGCUUUGACCAUGGGAUCAAGAAAGAAAGGUUUGAAGCUCAAUUAAGUUUCAGGUAGGACUUGAAGGUUGCUACCACGCCCGUUGCUUCGGGAAGAUCAAAGGAGGAGGACGUGGUUCGUGCUUCUUCCGUUUCUGUUUUAAACAAUUACAAUAAUGCUCAUGGAAAUUAUUUUGAAUACUAUUUGGGGGCUUGUAUGCCCAUGUUUGCCACGUGUGGCUUGAAUACGUGUAUUAAUGUUUCCGCUGCUUUAAAUGAAUAUUUUACAUUAUGUUUGUUUAUGGAUGUACUAUGUGUGAAUGGUAUUCAAGACGCCUAGUAUAGUAUGUAUGAGUUGGACUGCGGUUGACUAUUCGUACUGUACGGCGGGUUGUUGACGUGUCCGGUAGGUCCGGGGCGUGACAAUUUAAUUGGUAUCAGAGCCUUAGUCCAUAAACUUCAUAAUGAAGUCUCAAAAUUCUCUUUUCAAAAUGAUUUUUGAAAAACAUGAGCAAAAAUGUUUUGUACUUAAGAACUUUUGGUGUUUGAGUUGCAAGGUCUCUAAUUGUUAAGAUGGCGCCCUUAACCAUUGGUAUGGCGGCGACUUGGCCCAAGAGAUGUCUUAAGUACCUAUCUGUCAGUUGACAUUUGAAACGAGUCUAAUGACUCAUUCCAAUUAUUUCUUUCAGUGAUGGAGGGUGAUUGUGGUACUAUGAAUAGGGAGAACUCGGAAGGGUUUGCACCGGGUGGAACCGGGCAUGCCAACCGAGAAAAGCCUGUAGGAAUAAAGGUUCACGAAAUUCUAGAAGCUCAAAUCGUGAGUGGCGGUCAUGUUAGAACCAAUGAAGAAUCACCUUGUCAUAGCAAAAUUGAAACACUCAAGGCUUCGGGUGACGAGGGAGAUGAUUUGAGUGAUGAGAACCUUGAUGGUGCACCCAUUGAACAAAUGGGCAUGGUCAUAGAUUGGCUUCAACGUGAACGUGUGAGGCUUAUACAAAAACGCCAAGCUAGGCAAGCUGAGGGCAUACCGUUAGUAAGGAAAAGGAGGUGGGGAGACAACGAUUCCCAAAGACAUUCAAGAAGGACAAACGUUGAGGGUGACAAAACCUUCAGGGCGCAGACACUAUCACUUGAGUGGAGUCGGGGCUCGGGUGGCCAGAACUCGAGGUCAAAGGGUCCGAGGGUACCUAGGUGCAACAAUUGCAAGAAACACCACUCGGGUAAGUGUCACGACCCUCCUAAGUGCUAUCAUUGCACAGAGGUCGGGCACACGAGAGUGAGCUGCCCACAAAUUGUGCAAAACCAAACUUCGGGGUCAAGUGGUGGAACUACAAGAAAUGAAAACCAAACCGAGGUUUCUCAAGGGAGCAGGGGACAUGGGGGAGCAAGCACGAGCAAUGCGCCAUCCGUGAACCAAGGAAGGACCCAAGCUAGGGUCUAUGCGAUGAUAGAGGCGGAUGCUCAAGCUAACCCGGAUUCCGUUGCAGGUAUUGCCUCCCGUAUACUAGUGUUUUAUCCUUAAUUAGUCCAUAAAUUAAGGUUACUAAUCGUUGGGAUCAUUGCACGAAAUUUUGGGAUCAAACGGAGCGAAAUCGGGCGAAAGACGGCUGAUUUCCGCCAAUGCACACCAGGCUGGACCCUACGCACGGCCGUGCGUUGUCCGUGCGUUGGUCCGUGCGUUGGUGGCAGUAGCAACCGGGAAGAAAUUGCUAUACGCACGGCCGUGCGUUGUCCGUGCGUUGGUCCGUGCGUUGGUGGCAGUAGCAACCGGGAAGAAAUUGCUAUACGCACGGACGUGCGUUGUCCGUGCGUUGGUCCGUGCGUUGGUGGCAGUAGCUCCGUUUUGAGGUUAUAAGACACGCACGCCGUGCGUACCUCCUAGGCACGCCGUGCGUACCUCCUGGACAGCCCAAAGUCGACUUUUUCGCGCCGUAUUGCAACG